ACAAACAGUGAGCAGCAUGAGGGUGACCUUACUUACUACGGCACUGGCUUGGGCUCAUGCGGGAUCACGUCUUCUGAUAGCGACAUGAUUGUUGCUGUCUCUCACUUCGUCUUUGAUGCCGCCUCCAGGAGCUCUAAUCCUAAUCAAAACCCUUUGUGCGGUCUGAAACUCAGAGCGUCGAGAUAUGAUGAGCAAGUCGGAGAGAGAAGAAGCGUUGAUCUCAAGGUCGUUGACAGAUGUGUGGGUUGCAAGGCUACAGAUAUUGACGUGUCUCCAGCGGCUUUCGACAAACUCGCAGCUCGAGCCAGUGGCAGAGUCGAUGUGACUUGGGCAUGGCUAUCUCCCCAAGCCACUGCUUGA